CAUCCACGAUGACAGGCAGGAUUAUUCUGUUUCUCUUGUUCCUGGGGUUUCCUUUUUACAAGACAGAGGAGCAUGAUGUCAAUGAGCUGUACACCCUGAUAGAAAAAGGUCAGACCAGCUUUGUGGAUCCGGCUCAGAUCAACCAGACCCGGAUGUUGGUCAAAGAGCCCUCCCUGCCCAUCAAUGAGCUUCUAGAGAAGAGCAGCAAAACCAGCGAGUCCAAAUUCACCCUCCAUCCUCUUCCCUCUGCUGUGUGGCCAAAGUACACUGACCUCGCUCCCAUCCCCCGCCACCACGGCCCCCACAACAAGAGCAAAAAGGGCCCAAAGAGCGACCGUCUGGUGGAGCACAACAGUGAGAAAACCAGAGGAGAAGUUUCUGGUCUGCUUCCCAAAACCCAGCUGACAGGAGCUGCUGCAGCCACAAACCGCACUGUGCAGAAAACCUCCCAGGACUCCCAGUCCAACACCAACCCUCCCCAGCAGAGCGAAACAGAGGGAAACCCCAACACCAGGCCCAGGGGUCCACCUCACACACCACCCCAGGUUCAGCCGCACCAACCGGCCCCUUCUCCACGCAGAGAUCCCCCCAAUAGACGGCUGGACCAAGAGGAGAACCGGCCAGGGAAGUCCAGCCACUAUCAGUCCGGUAUCAGUGCAUCAGCCCGGAACAACAGCCGGCCGCCUGUCGCCUUCAACCGGCGCACCUCCUCCAGCCUGCUCUACCAUUUCGACAUCCUGAGGCGAGAGUCUGACUUUCCACAUGAUGCCUUCUGCAUGAGCGAGUGCAGGAAGGAGAAGGACGAGAGAGAGUAUUACUGCUACAGUGAGUUUGCUGUGAAUGGGAUAGUUCACGACAUCGAUGUGUUGCGUAAAGGAGUACGCCUCGUAACACUGAUGGUGGGCAGUGAUGGCUUCUACAAAAUGAAUCGUCUUUAUGUGACGCCAGACAGCUUCUUCUUCAAAGUCCGCCUUCUGGUCCUGGACACUUACAAGUGCAGCAAACCCUGCCCUGACAUCAAACUAGGGACCAGGUACAUCAUAAUGGGCCAGAUCUACCACCGGAGGCGCCAUCUUCCCAGUGACCUCCUGAACUUACUGGGCAGUAAACUGAAGCCUGGAGACGGCCUCCUGCGAAGCAACCACUACAUCAAGAGAUUCAACAAACGGAGGCACCAGAAAGCUCUGGAGGCCACCCGCUCCAAGUGUAGGUGAACCAGCGAUGGGACUGUGGCCCCCUGCUGCAGGGGAAGAGACAAUGCAGCUGACCUGAACUGACCAUAACCCACCCCUCAGUAUUGUGCAAGAUAGAAGAAGACAUUUUGCGGAAGGCAUGGAUUUAUCUUCAUAGGGAAUUGUUCAUAUAUAUUUUUCUCUUACUUUCCUGAAGUACUGAUAGAAACAACUCCACUCAAACUCCUCAUUCAUUCAUGGCUGGUUCAUGAAGUCCCUGAAUUUCAAAAACGAUUAAAUUAGUCGGCUUUUAAAGGAAAAUUCGGCUCAGUGAAUAUCAGUUUAAAGAGAAAAUCCUUGGUGUUUAACAAGUCAACACGUGUUUAACAAGUCAACACGUGUUUAACAAGUCAACACGUGUUUAACAUAAGUCAACACGUGUUUAACAAGUCAAUAUGUGUUCUGGGAGAUACACAGAUCUAGCCUCUUUAUUCUCUUCAUAGCACAUACAAAAAUGCAUUUUUCCAAAUCCAUAUCUAACAAUUGAAAACCCAGAGAGCUGUGACAUGAUCCUGAACAGAAAAGUAUUUUAAAUAACAAACAGACUGGCUUUCCAAAAUAAUGGCAGUAGCUGAGAACAUACUAAUUAAAAUGUUGUACUUGUAAAUCACAUUGUACAAAUACAACAUUUUAAUCAUGUUGAUUCCUUUGAUAAAUCAAUGAGACUUCUACACUUCUUAUCAUUGGACAUUUCGUAUUGCACCGAAUAGUAUUGUUUUCUAUCACUCAAUCCCUUGCAUGUUGUCACUGUGGUUGUUAUUGUUAAGCAGGAAAUGCACUAUUAUUGUUAUACGGACCAAAGCAAGGGGAUGAAGGGCCUAAGAAAAGCAGCGACAACCCCCAGAGGAGGAGGAGGAGGGAGGCGAAAGGGAGAGAGAACACAGGACUGUUGCUUGUCAUGAGAGCGGCUUAUUUUUCUUACUUUAAUUAUGUGUCCACGAUGAAAUAUCUGCCUGAGUAGUCUGGGACAUCAAAAGGGGCCUUGCUGAAUGAGGAGGGGAGUGUGGUUGUAGGGACUAAGCCAUAAAUCUAAUCACAGGAAUCUGAUCCUCUCCGCACCUGGACAUAUGACUUGGAAAAGUGCCUCCUUCACAGCUCCUCUUUGGGAUGGCUUUUGUUUUCUUGCUUACAUACAAACACGACCUCCUCUGGGAGGGCCAAAGCUCAAAAAGGGGGUAUUUAAACUAUUUGGGAAGAAUCAGAAAAGAGAGAGACGAGGGGGGGGUGGAAAAGAUGGUAGUGUAAAAUGACAAAGUGAAAGGAUGUUGACUUUCUGAAGGGAUAGCUUCUUAUUUAAUCAGUAAACCCUGGCUUGAUUGUAGUACGUCAAGAAAGGGAAAACUUGCACUGAACGCUUAUAUGGCUUUAUUAUACAUAAACC